AAGGCCGAUCUGCGACAGCAACGUAAGACGGCUCGGGUGUUCUUCAGUUCACCAUUCGGUGGACUGGAGGAGGAACGUGAGGAGUUAACCAAGAAGUACUGGCCUCGGUUGUCGUCAAUUUGCAAGAGAGCUGGGUACGAAUUUGUUCCGGUUGACAUGAGAUGGGGUAUAACCUCGGAGAUGUCAUCAAAUGCUGCCACUAUUGAGAUUUGUCUUCGAGAAAUGGAUCGGUCUGACAUGAUUGUGGGCUUCUUUGGACAGGUGAAAUGCACCAGAUGAGAUCUUACACUGACAUAAAUUUAGGAUGAUCUUAGUGUGAACAAAAACAAUGUUUAGCUUGUGAUUCCAAUAAGGGAACUUUGUCACAUUGUAAUUUGGUAAAUCACAAAGAUACAUAAGCAACUAAGGAAAUUUCAGAUCUCUUCAAAAGAACUUUAUUAAAACGACUGAAAUAAUCAAAUGGAGAGUUUUCACUCACGUGGCCAGCAUCUAUGCAAAUUUAUGAGAACAAAAAAAAUUUUACAUACGAAAAGAGCCCAACUCCCAAAGGAUUUGUUUGGAACACCAAUAUGGCCGCCGUUUCAUUGUUUUGGAACACCAAUAUGGCCGCCGUGACGUCAUGUGAAAACGCUAUAUAAAGAUAAAAAAGGAUUGUUUUUGCUUUCAAGUCCUGUCAUUUGAAGUUAAAUCGUCAAGACACAUGACACAUGAUAUCGUUUAGUCAAGAGAUUUCAUCAGAAAACUACUUUUUAUUGCAAGAUUUGUAUGGGACCGUACAGUUUUAACACUGAACUUUUGUUGAUAAUUGUUGCGAUAGGGCCCCUUUAACCCGAAUCCAUAAUCAUUUGAGGUAGAAUGUAAAUCCACAUACAGCUUAUAAUUCUUUAAGUAAUAACUAAAGACGGCCUUUUAAACCUAUUUCAAUGAACAACAACCCUUACCAAAUCCAACACUGUUUUGAAUGUAUUUUUAAGCUAUUUUUGAAAACUGUUUUUAACCUGUUUUGUGAAAUAGGUUUUAAAUAGGGUGAAAAGUGUAUUUUUAAUGUAUUUUUCGACUGCUUUUAAAGGUGUUUUAACCUGUUUAAAACGCUAUUAAAAAGAAUUUUUAAUGUAUUUUUAAAUUCGUUUAAAAUAUAUAAAAAAUUCCAGGGCUUUUGCAAGGCUCAAAACAGGUCUAAAAUAGUUUUUAAAUAUCUUAUAAAUCGGAAUAAAAACAGGAUAAAAACAGUUUCAGAAACAUAUUUUAAUUUGCUAUACUAUUUUAGAACUAUUUUUAAUGGCAAUUUUAAACGUAUUUUGAAAAAAACAGGUUUAAAAUAGGUCCAAAAAUAUAUUUUUAAUAUAUUUUUCGACUGAUUUUAAAGGUGUUUUAACCUGUUUAAAACGCUAUUAAAAUGUUAUGCUUCAAAAUAUAUUUUAAUAGCUUUUUAAUGGGUUUCGAAAUGUAGUAAAAUAAUCGUAUUUGCAAAUACAAUAAAAAUACUUUGAAAAUAGUAGUAAAAUACCACAGAGGAAGAAAAGCAAUAGCACGCGUAUAUUGUGAAAAUACAUCAAAAAUAGGAUGCAAAAAUGCAAAAACAGUAUAAAAUUGUAAGAAAAUAGCCUUAGAGUUGUCUGAAAACAGUACAAAAAUCGGUCGAAAGAGCAUAAAAACAGUACAAAAACAGGAUGAAAAUACCAUUUAAAUUCAUGAAAUAAAAUGAAUACAAAACCGUCGAAAAUUACUCUGAAAAAGCAAGAUUUACUUCUGCGAAAUUUUUCCACACAGUCCUACGCUAGCAUUUCACCGGAAUUAUCUCUUAGCCGAUUACUUUACGUUGAUUUCCCUACGAAUUCUCGGGAAAUUCUUAUGGAAUUUUUCAGAAAUGCUGAAAUCAAUCUUUAGCCUGUGUACAAACCCCCUCCCCUCAAUAAAAAUCGGAGGGGAAGGGAGUCGGUACACAGGCUAUCAAUCUUCCGCUUCAAAAGAGUAUUGCGUUACGUUACCGGUAAAUAAUAAUCUACAUACAUGUAACUUACAUUUUUUAUUAUAUUCACGGCUUUACUCAAUUAUUAUCAGAAGCUUGCAGGCUACGCCUGAACGUUUAAUUAUUGGCUGAUAAAGAACAACAUAAGAAUAACAUCAUCAAAUUUACACGAGCAUGAAAGAGGUCGGUGACGUGACAUCAAGUGACUGAGAACAGCGAGGCUGAGCAUGGAACGCUGUAAAAACUAAAAUUGCCGUACAGGCGGGAGUAUAUAAAUGUUUACUACCCUUCAUUUGUCUCUCAUAUGGCGUAUACUUAAGCGUCUUAGUAACAUGUUAUGCAUAUAUUGUGUAUAAUACUCACAUAACAGAAGACUCUUGGAUUAACACUGUCACAAGACAGCACAAGACCGCGUGCUUCGGAGAGAAACUGAACCAGAUCCUUUCAAAGUACAUAACAGUCGCUGAGGAGUCAUACCCAUUUUUGAUCCGUGAUAAAUGCAACAUCUACGUGUUCAGACAAUCCGCAGAGUUGAAAUGUAUACUUUUGUAAGAUCGUAACAAACAGUAAAAUCAAGCGUACCCGCCAUCAGAGCAACCGCCGCUAGAAUAAUUUGAAAUGAGCAAAGGACAAAGGACGGUUUGUUUAUCACGUGCAUUUGUCACAUCACCGCGGCGCGAAGUCGUGAUUUCAGUCGCGCGUGACAUCUUAGAAAUAAUAUGCCAUGCAUGUGCGGAAUAAUCUAUGAGUGAAAGAUAACCAUAUGUCGGAGUUUAUUCAUAUCUGAGCUUUGUUUCUUGAUGCAAUAUAUGUGAGGUGAGAUCUUAGCUUGGAUAAUUUAUUUAUUAUGUAAUUUCAAGGGCUUAUUUUAGAUAAACCUCUGUUGACCGCGUGCAUCCGGUUCUCAGCCCGCGGCUUCGGCUGUUUGUGAAAAAAUUUCUAUAUGAAAUUAAAAUGCGAUUUUAAGAAGUUUCUUUUAAAAAACUUAUGAAAAGUCCCUUAACUGCAUUAAUUGAAUCACGGCUAAAAUCUACGCGGAGAUUUUCGCAGAGAGCUUGCUGGUAAUGAACAGUGAGGAACGGAUAGAUCUUUUAUCGGAACACUGUCACAGUUACGUGUUGUCAGUCAAAGCUAAAACCUAUUCCUAAUUUUCUUCUCUUUUUUUAUUUAAUUUAGAUUUAAUUAAUUAAUUGAUUAAUUUCAUUUAGAACUUUGUUGGGAGGAGAAUCCGGUCCACAGUAUGUGACAGCUUGUUUUGAGUCAUUUAUGAGUUCGUGACACGAUGAAGGCUUAAAAAUUAACUUUGUGCAAUUGUCACUUUUAUUUAUAGUCUGAGUAUAAGUCUCCCAAAAGACAUUACAGUAUUGCACCCUAGUAAUAAUAAGUUAUAAGUACACUACUUUAAAGUAUUUACAAUAAGGUAAGCAUUUGAUGACUUUAAGCAGACUUCAAAUAGUUUAUGGAUACCGUAAUGUGUUUUUAUAGUCAGAGUGCUGUGUGCCUAAAAUACAAUUCAAAUAGACCUCAAAACAGUGUUUAAGUACCCUAUUUAAAAGUAUUUAAAAUGCGGUCAGUUCUUAAGGUUUUAAAACAUAUUUCAAAUAGUCUAUUUGAACUCUGUUUGUAACUUUGUCAGUGGAUGCGUCUCAAAAUACAUUUUAGAUACAACUCAAAACAGUGUUAAAGUACCCUAUUUAAAAGGAUUUAAAAUACGGUCAGCAUUUAGGCUCUUAAAACAUAUUUCAAAUAGUCUAUUUGAACUAUGUUUAUAACUUUGUCAGUGGAUGCGUCUCAAAAUACAUUUUAGAUACAACUCAAAACAGUGUUAAAGUACCCUAUUUAAAAGGAUUUAAAAUACGGUCAGCAUUUAGGCUCUUAAAACAUAUUUCAAAUAGUCUAUUUGAACUAUGUUUAUAACUUUGUCAGUGGAUGCGUCUCAAAAUACAUUUUAGAUACAACCCAAAACAGAGUUAAAGUACCCUUUUUAAAAGUAUCUUAUAAUUACAGUCAGCAUAAAAGCCCUUAAAACAUAUUUCAAAUAGUCUAUUUGAACUCUGUUUGUAACAGUGUUAGUGGUUCCAUGCCCAAAAUACAUUUUAAAUACUCUAUUUUAAUCAUAUUUAUUAAACAAAAUACAUUGUAAAUUGAUGAGAGAGGUUUUCCUUUACAUGAAAUACAAUUUAACUACACUCAAGAUAUAUUUCAAACAGUGGCGAAAAGUUAAAUUCUUUUGUCAAAUAGUAUUAAAAUACAGGAAAAUAGUGUUCAAAUACUGAAAAUACAUUUUAAAUACUUUAAAAUCAGUUUCAAAAUACAUAUGGUUUGGUAAGGGAACCUAUCUGUCUUUUUUCUGGGAUUAUUUGUCACGAAUGGGCAGCUAGACCCGUUGUACAUCUCACUUAUGUCCAAAAAUGCAUGCUGUUACGAAAAUGACGAAUCUGCCCAAAAAUUUGCCUAGGGUUUGGCGAGUCAGAUGCUAUGUCAAGAGCUGCCCCUUGUAAAGUAACAUUAUUCGAAGAAAAUGGCGAAUUUGGCGAAAAUUUGUCACCGGUUUGACAAAAAUUCAAAUGGGUUAUCAAGAGGCGCCUCUGGAUGAAUUUGCCCGAAAUUCGCCGUUUUUAUUGUUGCGUGUAUUUCUGGACAAUUUGUUUUGCAUCUGACGUAAAAAGUAAGAGCAGUACCGAGAGUAAAACUGAAGACAACAAUGACAAUAAUAUUUAAUGACAUUAUUUUGUUCAGCGCUAUGGGUGGCAUGGAUUCGAUGCCCUUUUGCAAAAGAGUUUCGAUGUUGCGGCAAUGAAAUAUCCUUGGCUUAACGAUUACCGAGAGAAAGCUGUGACUGAGCUGGAAUUCCUACACGGACAUCUAAGAGACCCUGGAAAGAGAGCUGCCUGUUUCUUCUUCCGCGAUAAGGUAAUAGACAGUAUUUUUAACUUCCUUUCAACCAGCCUUUAUAACAUUUCUCAGGGCCUGUUUACGCGAUCUGAACGCAAAAAUUCUGAUUUCAUGAUAACCGAGCCAGCUCGGUUAGCUAGAAUCCCGGUAUUGUGAUGAUGGGAUCCCGACUAACCGGACUGGAAAUUGGCCAUGUAAUCAGACUUUCCGGACCAACCCCGCGAAUCAAACUAGCAGCAGGACAGCCGGUAAUACACUGCUCAUCCGCAAUGAUUCCAUUGUAGUUGCUCUGCUCCGGAUUGGGCCGUUUCAUGUAAUACCGAGAUAAAAGACUAAGUCACCUGCAGCGGGCACAGUUAGCCAGCCCGGCUCAUCUAAUCAGGCCCUUGAUACGAUGAGAAGUAGUUUCUACUCCAUUAGGGAUGCUUCUCAUUAACAUCUGGACGUGGGCAUUUCGUUAUGUGAUUACGUGAACAACUUAUCACAUCGUAAGCCUGUAUCAUCUUUUUAUCAUCUCUUUCUUUUUUUUUUCGUCGCCGGCACCAGUCAUCCUUAUUGAAAGACGUCCGUGUAAAGAAUACCAUUGUUCAUGCAGACCACUUACUUUUAAAACUGACAUUGCAGUCUUACGAUGACACGAAACUGAAGUUUGCUGAACAGGCGGGGGAUGAAAGACAGGCACGUAAAUUCCGUUCUUCAACAGAUGGUCCUAAAGCUGCGGAGUACUUGGCAAACUUGAAAGAAAGAGUGUACAAAACACAAGACAAGGUAUGUGCCAGGUCGAAACACUAUUCUGAAGGGUCUAGGUCAUGUCUCCGAUAGACAGGUUGUUAAUAGCGCAGGUCUAAUGUAACCCCUAAGCCUGCAAAAAUCCCGAUAAAACAUGGAACGGCCAUUAAAGACAAGAAAAGCCUAGUGUCAAAAGAUCCCCUUUCCUUCAGUCUUUAGCAACAGAAUGAGGUCUGGGCACGAUCUUUGCUGGUCGUAUAUGACCUAGGCUCGGUCUUAUACCGUAAUCUUCAUGGAACGUUUGUACUUCAGGCAAAUUCACCCGGUAUCCAAUUCACACAUGUGAGGAUAAGUGCACUGUGAAGUUACGUUGGUCUAAGGAAUAAACGCAUGGGAAGGGAAAAGGACAAACCGACCACUAAUUGGCAACGAAACGACCGACCCAAUGACAGAAAACCAGAAAAAUACGCUUUUUAUUAUGCUCUAAACUGGAAAAAAUACUAAUGUGUAAGUCAUAUGGGGGAAAAAAAGUGUAUCACGUCCACUGAAGCAAUUUCUAAAAAAAUCCUAGUUCAAAUGAGAAAAAUUGAAAACAUAUAUAAUCAUUCCUGUUCCUAGUGUUUAGCUGUGCACAUGAAUUACAAAACUCCACAAGAAGGAGCGAGGCUAAUGUACGAAACGAUAGAGAAGUACUUACGAGAAGUUUUUUUAGCACGCCCUGUGAAAAUAUUGUCUCCUUUGGAGGAGGAACGUUCUCUCCAUGACGUUUUUAUGGUCAGCAGACUCGGCAUGGGUGGCGUUUAUGUUGGUGGAGAAAGCUACAUGAAUCAAAUUGACAACCAUGUCAAGUCUCAGAGCGAUGAGGAUAGUCCUAAACAUCUCGUGGUUAUUGGGGAAGCUGGUAAGAUAGUACUUCAUCACAUAGAAUGUACCAGUAUCCUGCCCGGGAUAAUAUGCGGCUCCUAAAACCUCCAAUAUCGUUGGUUCUCCAUAACACGCAGCUCCAUUGUUUCAGGGAUAUAGAAUCAUUGUUAUAUUUGUAUGUCUUUUGUUUUCACAGCCAAUCCUGUGAGGCCUUUUAAAGAGCUGCGUUCCGCCCACCAGUAUACAACCUCAGUCACCUCGGCACUGACUAGCUGCGAAGUAGUUUCUAAUAACGCUCAUCACAAACGUGUGAUUACAAUAAAAAAUAAACGAGUAUUUAGAAAUGAUGCUCUUGAUAUGUGUGGAUACUUGACUAAGGGCGCUUUCCAUUUGUCAGAACUGGCCGGCCGGACCAUUGGCGGACCAGUCAUUUUAACUACGAAAUCGGCUUUUUCCGAGGGUUUUUGCUGAAAAAUUAUCUCCUUGCUGCACACUGUUUAGGAUUUGACUGAUCUGGAUGGAUAGUUUUGAUUAAUAGUGAAAUUCUCAUUACGACGGGAAUGGUCUGGCCGGUCAGUUCUGACAAAUGGAAAGCGCCCUAAGUGUUGUUGUUGUUGUUGUUGUUGUUGUUGUUACAUAUCAUUUAUUUCAUUUUGUUUAAGACGCGUAUUAAUCACUCUGGACUGCAUUUUACCACAAAACCGAUCGACGCGACGUUUGUAAAACAUGCUUCAAGGAGAUUUUGGACAUUUUUCUUCUUCGGUUAAUUGUUGGAUGGUCAUUAACAAAAUUGGUUGCCAUUAUUUUUUGUGUCAUGUAAGAGUAUUAUUUACAAUAAUAUUUACAGGUUCUGGAAAGUCCUGCUUGCUUGGUAACUGGUCGUUACAUCAUCAGGAGAAAUUCCCAAAAGAUGCAGUGGUAUAUCAUUUUGCAGGCUGCACAAGUGGAAGCACUGGUGACAAUACAUUCCAUUGCCUAUUCUGACUUACGUUCCUAACACUGACAUGACGAAGGGAUUUCUGUUUGAUGAAUCGAAAAUGACGGAAGUGAACACAAUGUUAAUGAAAAUUUCAGAUUUGCUUGUGCUGCGCCAUUUGUAAUAGCAGAGAAAGGGAGAUCCCCGUUUAAAAACAUUUAAAACAAAAACAAAUAGAUACAUGUGAGAUAUCGUUUAAAAGCAGUGAACAUGAAAGUAGAAACACCUGUCUAAUAAUCCAGUGGCUUACCGCUUGCUUUUCGGACUGACAAGAUUGUCCUCAUCGUGCCUGUCCCAAAAAUGGGCGUUUUUCUAUUUAUUUCAGGAGUAGUUUUCAUAGCGUCUGAAGUUGGAUACAACAUCUUUAUGAAUAAAACAAUUUUUUGAAAAAUAAUUCUUUCAUAGUAAUUGUCCAUUUCUGAUCGAUAACCUGCUCACGUUUACUAUAUUUAGUAGAAUUGGAUUAGUUCUCUAUUGGACUUUAAUUCAGAUCAAUAUUAAAACAGUAGGAAAUUAAUGGACGAUUAACGUCAUGCAUAAACAAGGAGGCGCGACUAGCCAUUUUGACGCUCUAGAACUGAUUAAAAUGGCAGAGAUUAUCACACGAUAUGCGAAAACCAAAUUGCCGAACUGCUGAGUAAAAAACAAAAACAAUGUUUUAUUUUCUAGUGAGAUAUUAAAGGGUGUUAUCCACCAAAAAUAGCACCCUCCUCUAUCAGCAUAAUUCUUCAUACUACAUUCAGCCUUACCCUACAAUUGUUGCUUAUGGAUUUGUAUUUGAUUGUUUGAUCAUGCUCUUGUAGCUGGUACCAUUGUUAUGCUUACUUUGUGUUAAGACAAACAACUUUGAAAUUUUUCCAGUACCUCGAAAGAUAUUAAAACGACUGCUUGAGGAACUUCGUUGCCUGCUAAAGGAAAAAACGGGUGAAGAAAAACAAACAGUAGAGUCAGACAGUGUUCGCGAUCUGGUUCGAGAACUGACAGGCACAGCGAAGAGGAUCACCGACGCAGGACGUCGCACCGUCAUUAUUAUUGAUGCUUUGAAUAAAGUCGACGAAGCUGGACAAACAACAAAGGUGAAUGAUGUUUGAUAGCAAAAUACCCUGCUCUAUGACGCCGCAGUAUAAGCUCAUUUGGUAGACGUACAUUGCAGGUCCUCAGAACGGUACAUCACCGAGGUUUGGAUCCCUUGGGCUGGGCAAACUCUCAGGGCUUAAUAUUAACGGAGGAAGAAGUCCCCUAAAGUAGGAGACGUUGAAAACGUUUCUUCGACUAUAAUACGAAUUGCAAUAUACAGUAGGGACCUUACAAAACUACAACGGCGACGGCAACGGCAACGUCAAAAAGCAAUGGGUUUAGUUAGUAAAACAACAGCUCUGCACGUGUAUCAUACCUGCAUGACUACGACGUGAAAUAACCAAAUUUUAACUUUUUUUGAGUACGGGAACGGCAAGGCAUUAAAUCAGUGUCUGAACGGCCCCCUCUCUUCAGCUCCAAGAUAAAUUUCCUUCUUUUAAGUCUGACUGGGCGACUUGGAAUAAUCGCGAAAGGGUUUGAAAGGAUGCGGAGUCUAUUUUUCAGCAAGGUUUUCAUGGACGUCGCCUUUGUCGGAUCGUAAGGUCCCUAGUAACAGUUCAGUAACGUCACCUCCAUGACUUCAUUGCAUUAUAGAGUGAAGAGUGUCAUCGGGGUAAAAAAUUUGCCUCGUCAAAGAAGCACUAGAUGGCCUACUAUCUUCCUUCUUUGUUCUUUGUUCUUUGAUUGUGAAUUACUCAUUGACAUUGCCACAUGCUUGAAUUUAUUUACAAUAUAGGUUCCUUCUUCCUCGCAGACUUUGUUUUGGUUACCAAGGAAACUGCCUCGCGCAGUGCAUCUUAUAGUGUCCGUAAAUGCCUCUGACCUAAACAAAGUGACAGAAUUGACUGAGGAAAGAGGCUACUCGGCUAUCCACAUUUCUCCACUGAAUGCAGCAGAAAGAGAAGAAAUUGCUUUGGUAAGACAGUUCGGUUUUUGUUAUUUUGUUGUAUUAUAGAUAUCUGGUCACCCUGAUACUUCUUUCUGUAAAAUGUCUGUUGAAGAAGCAAAAAAAAUAAUGGAUAAUUAAAGUUCGAGAAAGGCAAAACAUUUCGAUACGAGAAUUUUAUCACUUAAUUCGAAAUUAACGUGACGAUAAGUUAAAUUGAUUGUUUAACCUGAAAGAAGCCCUGGUUGUAUGUUCAGAGAAGGUCUUUUGUCCCUAAUGACGAACAUUGCGUACAUCAGACAAUCAAACUUGCUUGAGCAUUUUCUUGAGACAAGGUUAUUGUUCAGAUCAUUCUACCAUGAGCUUAAAUAUCGGCCAAAACUUAAGGCUUUGGUUCUUCUAUUCUAUUAUGGAGAUGACGUGUGGUCGAUAUACAGCUAUUUCGAGAAAGGUUGUCGGAAAAAAUGUGCACGCGACAAUCCCGAAAGGAAAUAUGGGAUAUAAUCAAUACACUGUUCCUGACAACUGUAGCUGUCGAACCUUCUUUUGUUGCUUUCCUUUAGCACUCGCAAACACAUUUCCAUGGCCUGUCGUUCCAAUUCUUUCAAAUUUCUUUGAAAAACAGAGAACUCAAAACCAUCCACAAUGCCUUUCGAGAUUGUCGCGUGAACUUUUUCUGACAACCUUUCUCGAAAUAGCUGUAUAUAGCUUGCACCACACAAGUGACUAUGGAAAUCAUACACGUAGACUAUACACUGCUGGUCAACUGCAGAUUGUAUAUCACGCAUUAGCAUUUUUUCCCACGAAACGAACUUCGUAAAAUUUCAUUUGUGUCACUAAACCAUUACUUUACAUGAACUUAGUAACUCCCUUAAGUUGCUUUUAUCAAAAGUUUAUUCCAAAUUUAUUUGUCAGAAAGCUAAGGACACCUAAAUUCUCACUUUCUAAAACAGAGACGGAAAUAGGUAUCAGAAAAUCUGUCGUUUUCAGAAAUUCUUAAGAAUGUUUAACAAUUAUUCCUCGAGCCCGAAUGGGCUCUGAGUCAAUAGCCCAUGUACUGAGGCCGAAGGCCGAAUAGGCUAUUGACUCAGAGGCCAUGAAGGCGAGAGGAAUAAUUGUUUUAGUAAAAUCCAGCUAGUUGGCCAAAAAUAUCGAGGCAAAACAACUUUAGCUAGCAAAACUCGAUUCCGCCGCCAUUGAUCUGGUUUUCAAAGCCGGCGCUUUUCGCCACCAGUGGGCUAUAACAUAUAGCAGAGUAGUAGCUUAACCAAUCAGAACGCAGCAUUGAUAAUAGACCACUAGUUGGAUUUUACUAAAGAGAGACUCGAAAAGGCUAAAGUUACCAUAGGAUGAUCAAUUCUACAAAAUGCGAAUUGCUCUACAAGUUUUUGAAGCAUCGGGUAUAAUAACAUCAAAAGUAGGAAACAACGCAAAAUUACUGUUUGUGAUAAUUCAACAUAGGCGACACUGAAGGUUCGUGGAAAGGCUUUAUCAUCAGAACAGAAAUUAAAGGUUGUAUCCAAAGCGCAGACGGAAAAUCCUCUGUAUCUUAAGACGUUACUGGAGGUAAGAAAGUUAUUAUUCACGUUUUCUUAUUAUUAAGAGAUGAACAAUAAUAAUAGUAAUAAUUAUAAUUUGUAUGUGUAAUCAAAUGGUGACGAGUGAAAUUAGGGAAUAAUUUAAAAAUAUCUUAAGACAUUUUUAAUAAACUUUUAUUAUAGGCCCUUGAACGAGAUGAUGAUGGGACAAGGAAUGUUUGCCCUGAGGUUUCCUGAGCGAAUUAAGUGUUUUUUUUUUUUACUAACCGUUAUCUCAAUGAAAGCCCAGUAUAAUCAAGCAAAGAGGCAAAGUUAUCGUUUUCCAAUAAAACACAAAAACACCUAGCUAACAACCCAGUCGUUCAAGAACAGUUUAUCUCAAUACACCUCUACCUAAGUAUACAAGCAGAAUUAUCUGUGUUCCAAAAUGUAACGCUCGUAAACCCAUUAUCACUGACUUAAUGCUAAGAGAGAAAGAAAUCGCUCUCCUGCCCCUUACAUUAUGUUCGUAUAGAGAGAGCGUGAGAUCAAUGUGAAAUGACAAAUAUCUGUUAUGUAUUCCCUUAUUGCUGCAUUUAUUCAUUUAGUAUUUAGUGCUGACAUGCGUAUACUUCUUCUUAUCGUUAUUUAUAGGAACUAUGCAGCUUUGGGGAAUUUUUCCAGCUAGAAGCCUACCUUGAUGGUCUCCUUGAGAGCCAAGAGUAAGACCCUUUAGUUUUCGAUCUUCUUUUUGGUGUUACGGUAGCAGCCUAAGCCAUGGACGCACACUUAAAACCUUAAGAAAAAACAAACAAAUUGUUUUCCUUUCUCUUUCAGCACAAAAGAACUGUUUCUUAAAUUUCUUAAGCGGCUGGAAGAGGAUUACAACCCCAAAGAAUACGAAGGAAAUUUGAUAAAAGAUGUAAGUAAAAAUCGAGAAGAAUUCGUCUCCUGCAAUUUUUCAACUUAAAGUGUCUUGGUUUAAUUCCACUUUUCUUAUUACAGGUCAUGUGUUGUAUUUUCGUUGCUCGACAAGGUCUUUCUGAGACAGAGCUGAAGGCCAUUCUCAAAAUCACUGAUCAAAUAUGGUCUGUUCUCUACUUUGCGAUUGAAGAAUUUCUUUUGGAGCGAUCAAGCCUUUACGGGUAAAACGAACGCUUUUAGCAACUUGAUAAUUCAUUUAACUACUUUUCAGUACAGCAAGACGAUUUUCCUGCAGUUAAAUGGAGCUAAAGGGAUACUGAAGCUCGUUACCCAAACUACAAAAACAGGUGACAAUUAGGCCAAAGAGCGGCUUAAAAAUUGGCGUUUUCUUGAUGAGACUAGUUCUCUUAAAUAAAAAUAGCUUAAAGAUUAAAGGUAGAAGCGCGCGAGGCAGUUGCCUUGUUAAGGCUUUGAGACAGUCGUGUGUCAGUGUUACCUUUUUUUUUGUUGUAUCCAACUUAACUGUAAGGAUUUUCUUUAUUUGUGCCAGUUUGAAAUAUUUUGAAAUAAUUCUUAGUUCAAAACCUACAUGUUAAGUGGGCUCCCAAAUCCUUGUACAAUUAUCAAUUAUCUCCGGCUUCCAAGUGGAGUUGAACUGAUAGUUGUGUAUAUUAACCCCUUUCACCGACACUGUUUGUUUUAGUAUAUACCACGCAAGCUGAUUAACGAGCGGACCAAAAAAUUACUUCAUUUUUAUCAACUGCUCGGAAAUUUUAAAAUUUCGCGCGCCGGGUAAUGGGAACAUUAACGCUCACAGUCACAAGGUACUUAAGGUGAUCAAAUUAAGUCCAGAGUCGUGAAAGAAACGAGCGACUUCUUCAAACGUUUGACAAUCUUCCUUUAUGUGGAAGUCCAAUGCUUUUGGAUCUGAAAAAGUAAUUACCGACGAAAAAAAAGGCCUGCUUUAGGUCUUAAUUUUUUUUCUUCGGCUGCUCGGAGGCGAAUAUCCAGCCGUUUGGCUAAUAACCCCCGAGUAAGCCAAUCAGCGUGUGCGAAAAGUAAUAUAAGUAGUAACGAUUUGAUGUAGCAGAUCUACUAAGCGGCUCUUUGUCUACCAUUCCUAGUCGAAUUGGAAUUUGUAACUGUUGGUUUUUGAGAAGAGGUUAAAACCUGAAUACCCGGAGAAAAACCUCCCGGAGCAAAUAAGAAAACUAACAACAAACUCAACCCACCUCUGUGCCACCCUUGCUCCCUGUUUGCAAGAGUUGCUUGAGAACAGUCUAAAGCAUAGUGUGAAAAUACUGGGUCUUUAAAACUUACCUUGCUUUGUUUGUUUGUUGUUUAGAUUUUCGUAUGAUGAACUGUCUGCCGCAGUAAAAGAGAGAUACUGUGAGGAUGAAUCCACUAUCAAGCACUACCUCAUGCUUCUAAUAGAAUAUUUUGACGCGAUCCUGAAGGUAAACUUGACCUUUUUAAAUAGCGAUAGUUUGUUUUUAGUCAUAUUUAGCAUUGCAACUUCCUCUUAGAAGCUCUGACUUCAAGGUAGAAUUAUACCGGAAAAUAAGCGAUUUUUUGUUUAUUUUGUGGCUAAACAUUAGACCAUCCAUCUUCCACUGGCGAGGCGCGGUACCACAUUGAAGUAAGAAGUCACAUUUCACAGGCGCCGAAUCUAAUGCAAAUGAUUUUCCUCAUAAGCAUCAUUUCGCCACAUGUGAAGUAAAACGUGUAAACCGAGCCCUAUCCGUACAGCUUGUGUGUCGUUGGUAGUUUUACAUACAUCCUGAAAUGUGGCUCUGCUGAUUUUCUGACAGAAGAGAAGUGCCGAGUACUACACGGAAAUCCCCGAACGAGUAAAAAUGGAGUUACCAUGGCUUUUGGUCAAAGCUGGGGAAAAGGAUCGACUUAUCAAGUGUCUUACAACUGCUUCAAUAUUCUGGUCACUAAACAGGUUUAUAUAUGCCUUUGGUAUUUUGCUACUGUACGCAUCGACCCUCUUCACCCCACAAAAAACGCUGGGAGACGGAGAGCUUUGUUAGUUAGUCGAUAUAUUAAGGUAUAAUUGUUAAUGGUUGCUAUUGGUAACCAUUGCCAAUUAACAGCGAAAAAGUAGCGCUCAAAUCAUAGUGCCCAAGCCUCUUGGUCAAAAGUCACAUCAUUGUCGCAACAUUUGCUUAGGGAACAGAUAAUUGGCAAUUAUUUAAUAAGGCUUUUGUGUGUUAUGAAGAAUUUAGAAGAUCUCGGUGGAUGGUAUCUUCGCAUUCGAAUAAACAACCUAAGAGGAUCUACAGGAACCUGAAAAAUUCAAGCCUGACCUUCGCAAUGAUUUUUCAGUGGCAGGAAAGCUAUCGGAUAUUCGACGAUCCACGAUCAAGAUCGAUGGGGCGCAGCUUCGCCCUUCACCGAAAACACUCAGAGGGUUCUCAGAGAUCAACGCAAACAAAAGCUUCAUUCGAUAUGGUUAUUGUUUCUGCGCAAGAGUCAGCUGAUUUAGCAAAUGAUCGGAGACGUCAGUUGACGACGGCGAGGGCAAAUCGAACAACUGGGUUGACCAAUGUCAGAGCGGCAAAUUGGGUACCAGAAGUCGAGUUUAGCCCUUUCUGCGCGCUUUCCCGUCGUCAAAUGACGUUCCCGUUCUUUUGCUAAAUCAGCCUAGUAUCUGAUGUAGCGUCGACAUACCCUUUAUAGCUCAAAUACAUACAAUUAAAUAGAAGGACCUUAGGUCGACCCCAUUUUCCCAAUUUUCCCUUUUUAUCAUUUAACGCUUGUCAAAAAAUACGUGUACAGCACAGAAUACAACAUCGACAACAAAUGAAAAAAUUGCAUUUUUCUGAGUCAUAUAAAUCCUUCUUUAUCUCUUCCCACUGAAAUUAUGUACAAAAAGUGUGAACUUUCCACACUUGUUUUCAUCAAUUUUUAAUUCAAAGCGUGAGUUGGAAUCUAUGGCUUAUUUGCUCUCUCAAUUUGCCCCUCAGGGAUGAGAACAAGUACGACUUGAUAAAUUACUGGAAUUGUACUGGCUUCACUGGGGACGAAAUAAAUAAUUUCUACAAGACGACUGUUGAUGAUCAGCUUGCCGUCCUACAUUUCAAAGAGCAAGAGAAAUGUGGAGAACCAAUCAACGCCCUAAAAAUGGUAGGGGAUUUUUUAUUCAGCAAAGUAAAAUCCUCUCUCCGUAGUAAUGGUAACUUUGAUCUGAUUUGGGAAACCGGUUUUAAGCUUUGUGUCCUGAACUAAGCGUUUAUCGAAAGGACUUUAUCAACAGGAAUGAAAUUUCAAUGUUUAACGGUUAAUUUUCCUUCACCCUUCGCACCUCUAAACAAUUUUCAAUUUGUUUGCCAGAAACAAAUUGAAAUGUCAGUCUCUUGAAAGUGGAAGGGGGAGGGCUAGCUGAAUAACACAAAACUGUUGCGUAAUACCGCGUGCUCUAAAACGUUUGGCUAAAAAUGACGCCUCUUACCAGUCAACACACUGUUUUUUUGUUUGUUUGUUUUUUUGCAGUUGUUGUUGUUGUUGUUUUUUAGUUUAAACGAAAUGUUAUUUUCCACCUUUUGCAGCUUUUCCCUUUUGUUUAUGGUAUAUCCCAGUUUCAGUCAGGAGCUGGACAUGUGACAGCAGUUGAAGCAUUCCUUCAGAGAGCUGUUGACUUACUAGUAAGCCAAAGGCAACAAUGGGGCGGUUAGUUACAAAGGGCCGGUUAUUUGAAUUUAGUAACAAUUAUUCCUCGAGCCCUAAUGGGCUCUGAGUCAAUAGCCCAUGAGACCGAACUGAAGGCAGAAUGGGCUAUUGACUCAGGGGCCAUGAGGGAGAGAGGACUAAUUGUUUUAGUAAAAUCCAACUAGUUGAUCAAAAAUAUCCAGACAAAACAUCUUUAGCUAGGAAAACGCGAUUCAGCCACCAUUGUUUUGGUUUUCAAAGCCGGCGCUUUUCGCAGCUGGUGGGCUGUAACAUAUAGCCUAGUAGUAGCUCAGCCAUUCAGAACGCAGCAUUACUGAUAGACCACUAGAUGGAUUUUACUAACAGAGUUUAGCCGUUGUUUAAUAAAACCGCGUUGUAACCCACUAAGGAAGAGACCUGGAGGUCCAAAGAUUUGUUAAACCGCGGCUUAAGUUAGACUUCGUUUAAACAACCGACCCAUAGAAUUUAAACGGUGUGUGUCAAAACCUUGUUAUCUACUUGAGAUAAGACACUUGUACCGGCAGGGCAGAAAUUUUGAGUGCAUGGCAAUGAUUUUCUUUCACCUCGCUGUAAGAUAGACGUUGUUUUAACUGACUCAUUGAGGCGGUGGCGGUAUAUUUGGGUUCAUUGUAUCCUCCCUCGUACUCUGUGAAUAAUUUUGCUUGCUCUAUUUCGCAGUUCUAGUUUCUAAAACUAGCUGUGUUCGCAACAGUAAUAUAUCCAUCAAAGUCAAUUUGCUCACAUAUGCCUUAUGUGGCUUUAGAGAAUGCCAGUAUAAAUAAUGCUUAUUCAAACCUAGCCAAAUGCCUUAUUCUUUUUUUAAUUGUGUAUGUUAAUGGUGAAUAAAAUAAUAUAUAGUAAAAGAAACUUGAUUAUUUUUAAUCGCGUUAUAAACGAAUGUUAUAUUUUGCUUCUUUUGUAGAAGACAGCACAUUCAGAAGAAGAAAUCCAUUCUAAUUAUGUGGUCGCUGAACAAUACUGCAAUAUGGUGAAUUCACUGGCAUGUUUGUUUGUGGAUACAGAGCAGUUUGAUAAGGCCGAGCCACUCCACUUGGAAGUUCUCAAGCUAAGAGAAAAGUUAAUACCUUAGUAUUUUUUGCUCGUUAAGACCAGUGGCGGAUCCAGGGAAGGAUUAGACCAAACUGGGGCCCAAAGGGCAAAAAAAAAAAACUUUUUGAGACCGCCGCCUCCCGCCCCCCUUAUCUCAGGGUCUGGAUGACCGCCUCCCUCCCCCCCACCCUCCCCCCUCCCUUACCCUUUAUCUGAAGGUCUGGAUCCGCCACUGAAGACUUCUGUCAAGUCCAGGAAAUCAUUAUUAAUAGUCUUGGAGCCUUUUUCAAGACGAUUGAUGAUGUGAAUUCAAAUGCAAAGGAAAUUGCUCUACCAACUACUAUUAACGUUAACCUGCAUGGAAACAUUUACUCUGCCGGCACUAGCUUUUUUGAUAAAAACAACUUCUUGUUGUUUCUAUUCACUAAAUCAGAUUCGCUGAUAAGUGGGACAAUGGCUGGUCGAGUGUUGCCACUUCAUUUCAUGGUCUGGGAGUACUGUAUUACAAGACAAACAGGCUUGACGAGGUAAGACAUGUUUGUAGUUUUUAAUUGUCAUUAUUUUUUUGUGACCUUUUCUAUUAACAAAUUGCCAUUACUGGAAAAUUUUCCGAAACGCCAAGUUACUGAACUGGUUGAUUUCUUUGAAAUGUGUCGUGAAGACGGUUUGACGAAUAACCAAUGUCAACGUUGCUCGGCCAUUGUGGGGGUUUGUCAAGCUUCUGUUGUCUCAUUAAUUCGUGUCGCAGAUAUGGCUAUUUGAAUUUUGUUGGCAUCCACCAUUUUGAUUUUUGUUUUACCGUGGACACUACAAUGUUCCGCAAGAGUGUCCGCUUAAACCAUGAUUGACUAUACCCGAAGUUUACUUUUAUCCGGAUGCUCUUUCUUAGGCGUUAACCUAUUACAACAGAUGUCUUGAGCUUCAUCGAAAAACUUUGCCAACGACGGACAGUUUAAUUCCGACUACCCUCAACAACAUAGGUGUUGUAUAUAAGUCCAUGGCGCGCUGGGAAGAAUGCGCUAAAGUGCUUGAAGAAGCAUUACAGGUGACGUACACUUACUUACAAUAAACCUACAAAGAUAAAAGUACAUUUGCUUGGAAACAGGGAGGGCUUUUAAAACAGCAGGAUUUUACUGUACGAUGAUUCACAAAGGCCCAUGUAGCCGUAAAAGCUAUUUUCAUAAAUGCCUUUUAGCUACCUGCAUUUAUAAAUUUCUUUGGAUGGUAUUGUCUUGCUACACUCUGCUUCUUUAUUAUGUAGGAGGGUAGUCCCAGAUGCCAAAGGCCAUUUAGCGCUUUAUACAUCGUUACUGCCUUAGUUUAUGUUUUUAGCUAGAUCUAAGUCAUAAUGUUUCACGUAUUCUACACUGUGACGUCAAUUGGCUAAUUCUCUCAGUGUUUUAAUCAACUUGGAAAGAUAAAAAGAAAUCUUGAACAUAUUUCCCUCACUUGGAUUUGAAACCAGACCUUAAUUGCGAACCAUGUUGAGAGCUGUUCAAUUGCUUGAUUAACUCAACUAGUUAGAGCGUUGGGUUCGGUGAUCAAAAAGGUCGGGGCCAGGAGCGCUCCUGUCGGGGCUCAAAUCCCGGUUAACUAUGAGUUUCUUCAAGUUCUUUUUAAGAAAUGAAAAUGAGAUGAAAACAAUGCCAAGAUUACAAGCACAGCCACAAUUCCUUUCGUAGGUGCAGUUAAUAAUAAUUUGUUUUAACUUCACAUAUAUAGCUCUAUGAGGAUGCUUACUUUGGUCAACUUCCUCCUGAUGUUGGUGGAACCCUCCUUAACCUCGGAAUGGCUUACUUCAGGCUCUACGACGCUAACAAAGCAGAACCAUUGUAUCUGAAGUAAGUGUUAAAGCGGACUAGACCGGUUUGAUAUUUGAAUAUGAUCUCGGUGACAUAAAUUUAUUUAACAGCUUUUCGGAUAGUUGCAGAAGAAAAUUUAAAGGAAUGAGCCGUUACUGUUGCACUUAGCAAAUUCUAUUGUGUGUGAGUGCUAGGCUAAAGGACUGCAUCCCAGAAGGGGAUUUUUGUCUCUUACAACUGGCCAACUUUAUUACUACACAGGAAAAAUGUGAGUUUACGGUCGUGUUUCUGGAAUGUAGCUUGCGAUUCCCCAUGUAAUUUAUUGUAACGAGUCCUUUUUAUUUACAAACUUCUACCCAUUAACUCUUUCAGUGAACUUUUUCAUAUUAUUUUUUCUCAUUUGAAGUAAUAAUGAAAGGGUUUUUCACGCUGCAGAGCAUUAGACAUUCGUACCAAAGCAUAUGGCUCAGAUCACCAUGAUGUUGGACAGACAUUGCUCAAUUACUCCGGCUUUUUGCUCUCAGUCGAUGCUUCCAAAUCAGCCGACGCUGCUAUGAAAGCAGCAGAAAUUUUAGAGGUACAUCAUUUCAUUAUGGCUAAUCGAGGGGUUAUUUCAUGGAGAUAACCACAAUUUGGGCAAAGCUAAACUGGUCAUAGGACUAAGAAUUGUCAAUCAUUUUACUUAGGAAAGAAAGAUGCCAAAUGAAUCUAUCAAACGAAGAACAAAGCAUGUUCGGGUUAAAUUUUUGGUCAUUUUUCAACAACAAAGGAGUUUAAUUUGAAAACGUUGGCUUAAUUUUCUCUGUUUCGUGAAUUCCAUCCUGGCCAUCCUGGACAUGUACUUACAGUUUAGGAACAGUAGCAGAGUAAUUUGAAAUAAACCUUAACUAUUAUUUCAAGGAUUUUUUCUGUUGUUGUUUUCAAUGUGCUUUUAGAGUUUAAAGCAAUACCAAAAAUCGUUACAUAGCGUCUUUAAGAUCUAAAGACAUUAUACACAACUGGAGAUACACCCUCUUCGUGGAAAAGCUUUCUAGAAAAAUUAAUCGUUCAUUUCUGUAAUUGUUUUACAUAUUUUUUGAAUUACAUUUAAGAAAUCUUUAGGUGCAGAUCACAUUCAGACGUUGAACGCUCAAGAGAAUGUAGCAUUGGCUUUUGCGAAGGAUAAAAAGUUUGACAAGGCACAUCCGUAUUUUAAAAAAUCAGGUGCUAAAUUUAAAUUUGUUUUAAUAAGGUACUGAUACAGUGUACUGUCCUGAAGAAUUCAUUUUCGGUGUUAAUUAGCAUUCUUUAACAAAUUACUAUGCUAAGUAGUUAAAGGAAUUAUACAUCAAAAUCAAUCAAUCAAUCAAUCAAUAGUUUUGUUAAUGUUCGUAUUUCUUCUUGUGUCAUUACAAGAGAUCAUGUCUUUUUUCAAUUGGUGUCUCCUCAUCGCUUCAACGCACUGAAUCGUAAAAGCGAGUCUUCCGGAAGUCAACCACUUUACGGGAAACUGUUCCCGUUUGGUCCGCAUACAAUCUAAAAAUAACUUUUUGCAAUUCAAGUUUCCCAAACACAUGACUGGGAGACACCCUCUCCGUCCUAUUAUGAUCUCCCGGUAAUAACUACAGCUUAUCUUAAAGGUCUUCCAGACCAAAUCGCUUCUUGGAGACAAAAAAUAGCCUUGUUUGAUAUAAGGUAUAUUUUCCAUCUUUUAUCUAAUAUUCAUUUUGAACUUUCAAAGGAAUAAUUCGACACCAGAGAGGUCACAUGAAUUCUUCUAUUCCAAUAUUAAACUCUGUUAUGGCCGAUUAUUACCUCAGCAAUGGUCACAAUGAGGAGGCGAGGCAGCUAUUUGAAAGAUUGGUAAGUCUUGAUUUUUUUGUUCCAUUUUUUAAUCGUCUCUUGUUUGUUUGCUUCAUUGAUUUUCUUCAUCGUGAGACCGGUCCCGACGCCACGGUGUUCUUCUUAGAGAGAGUUGACUUUUCUGAGAGAAAAGAUGAAUGGUUUAUUUGAUUUUUGUAUUGCAAUAUCAAAUAUGACGCCUGGAGGUAAUUCAUCACGUUUUGUUUGCUUCAUCGUACAUUCAGAUUGGGACAGAUUUUGUCACGGACAGGGACUUCGCUGCCCUAGACUUCUUGGAUCAUGAACUUCUGGGAGAUGGCAAACCUGAAAGGCCAUACAACGAAACAGUGGAUUACGGCUUAGAAAAGUUUGUACUCAAAUUUUAGAAAAAAACUUAGUCUUGGAAGAAAAGUUCAAUUCCUUCUGUAAAAUAUUGGUAUACAAGCACAUUUAAUUUGCAACAUAAACUGUAAAGUGACAAAAACGCCAGAUAGGGAAUGCGGUCGGCUGCAGGGCGUAUAGCAACAUUUCCAUAAGUAAUGUAAUCGCUAGGAGAAACUGAGUUUCUUGGGCGGUUAGUUGAAAUAUUAAAAAGGCUAUAACUUGAUUUCUAACGUUUUUAAGAGCUUUAAGAAACAUGGUAUUUUGAUUUAAUAGUUUCCUUUUAACAGACCGUCCAGCAUUCCUAGCGAACAUACACAUCAACUCGAGGCUUCAAGAGUUGACAGAGUUCAGCGAUUGGCAAGAAGUUGUCCACCAAAGUCUCGAAGCCUUGUUUUAUUUGUGAAAUUCGGAAUACGGGAAUGGCCUAUUGAGUAUUUGUUGUGUUCUACCUCAGUUUGCUAUCAUCUGCUAUGAGGAUAAAUAGAUCAAAGGGGAUGAUGCGCGACCGAGUCUUUACAGCGUCGGGCACGAAAUGAAGAGGCCGUACAAUGUUGAACAAAAAUCUUUAGUACAAUGAUUAAAUGCUGUAAAUUAUCUUUCUUCUCAACUGAAGUUUAAAAAAUAAAACAAAUGUAUCGAUUUUCCCCCUGUCUCCAUUAAAAAGGUGGAUGGAUGGACAGAUAAAUUGCGGAUACAAGUAGUCAAAAAGUUUAUGAGGAUUGCCGGAAAGGUCUGGGAAAAUGAAAUUUCAUACGCGCGUGAGUGUUUUUAUAUGAUUACUUCGAGUCGUUUUUUAUUGAGAGGAGAUAACGACUCGAAGCAAUCGUAUGAAAUUCAGGCUAGUGUUUCCCCGGUUUGAGUGAAAAAGUUACACAACUGCAAAUUCGUGCCAAGACUCCUACCCGUGGUUGUAAGAAGAAGCCAUCUCUUAUUACCAGCUGGAUUUUGUGAUGUUUCAACAAGACGUCCUCACAGGAUGUAUGAGAUUGAUAACGAUUUAUAAACGGUUACGAAAAAACACGCUACAUGUGAUUAGAUGGACUCCGUGAUAUCUCCAAGGGAAUCCAUCUCAUAGUUCCUCGCGGCCUAUGAAAACCCCGAACAUCCAGUAUUAAUAAGUUCAGGUAUAGAAUAUGAACGUAACAGAUUUGUAUCUUUGUAGACCAUUAUCAGUUUUAUUUUUCUGGUGUGGUAAAUGAAACCAUUUUUCCUUUCCAGAUUUCCGUCGAGCGUCAUGCUCUUUGGUAGAAAACUUCCAAAGCUCGCAGAAAAUGGGGACUCCAAAAGAAUUUUGCACAUUCUGGAAAAAGGAGCCUUUGGUGUUGAAAAAUAUAACGAGUCAUAUCUCAGUUUUGCUGAGUGUCAACACAGGAAAGAAGGUCUUGAAAUCCUCAUUGCUGCCAAUGAAAAGUUUCCCACAGACACUGUAAGUAUACUGGGUACAAACCAGUCUGCCCUGAGAAGUGCAAAUCGUUCAUCUUGCAGUUUUUCUCACAUAUUUAGUCUUAAACAUAGCUUGAGCAUAAAUUUUCGAUUAGUAGUUAAAAUGUACCGAGCCACAAAGUACAAUGGCCCAAAAAAACACUGAAAGAAGAAAGGGCACGGAUUAUGGCCACAAUGAUAUGCAGCGUUUUAUUUUCGUUGUAAAAAAAAACAUUGAAAACAUUGACAUCUCAAGUUCAAGAUUAUGUCCUAGAAAACUAACUAUAUGUUGAAAUAAGGUAAAAUGCAAAGAAACAAAAGUUUUAAAAAGUAGAGUAAUUAUUUAAAGCUCAGAUAAUUAAGAUUAUAGAAUAAUAAGGAAUGUCGUGAAAACGAAAAAGUAUUUCUCUCCAGGAACAUGAUUUGCACAUUUUUCCUUGUUAAAUCAGCCCAAUGUACAAUGGAUUUAGGUUCAAAUGACAGUGCAGGACUAUCAGUUUUGAUAUUAGAACCUCGGCGAUAAGUUAAAUCUAAGUUGCAAUCUAAUCAGAUGAAGUCAGAGGCAUUUCCAUUUUCAUCUAACAAAACGAAGUGAUUUUUCUCUUACAGAUAAUUCUGCGCAACUUGGCAUCAUGUUAUUCCCUGUAUGAGGACUACACUAAAGCUUCUCAGCACUUCAGCACCCUGGUAGACAUACAGCCAGAUAACGAGGGAGUUAUUGCUGAUUAUGGGCGCGUACUUGCGAUGGCAGGAAAGGUGGAUGAAGCUAAGGGACAGCUUAGAAAUGCUCUGAAGAUAGCCGAGAUGAAAAACCAAGAGCAGCUGCUAGAACAGGUAUGUUUCUUCUUGUGUUUAAUUGAG